ACCUGCUCUCAGCAGACACUUUCUUCAGGGAGAUUCAUUCUGAUAACCCGAUCGUAGUUUGAGUUUAUUUUCAGCUCUAUCUGACAAUGUAUUUUGUGCUUACUGUUGUUUUGCCUCUGCUCAUGCUUUCCUUCGGGGAGUGUGCAAGUGUCAACGACACACAAAGCAAAAUUGCCUCCCCGUAUCCCAGUACGAUUUCCGUGUUGAAUGGACAGGUACGGGGAACAUGGGGAACUGCAGUGAAGUGUCCUUCAGGAACAUACGCUACGGGCUUUAGCCUCAAGGUUCUGACAAGUCAGGGGUUUUGGGAUGACACAGCCCUAAAUGGAAUUGCCCUUCAGUGCUCUAAACCAGUCGGGCCUACUGGUUAUGUCGAGGACUACACAACCAUCAGGACUGAUGAAGGAAGUUGGGGAACCUGGACACAGAACAUCUGGUGCCCCAGUGGAGUACUCAAAUCUUUCCAGCUGCGAGUGGACAGUUAUCAGGGAGUGUUUUUUGAUGACACCGCUGCUAACAACAUAAGGUUCAUGUGCACCGGAGGCAAUGUGUUGGAAGGCAGUGGAAUGAGCUGGGGUAGCUGGGGUACCUGGAGCUCAGUUUGUGAUGGAACUGGGAUUUGUGGGAUCCAAACGAAAGUGGACCCACCUCAGGGCAUAUGGGAUGAUACAUCUCUUAAUGAUGUCCGCUUCUAUUGCUGCAGCUAAGCAUGAACUGACAAGAGGAGAACAUGAACAUGAAGAAUAGCAGCUCCAUAUAUAAUCAAACUAAUGAUCUCUAUAUUUCUCAUGAAAUCAGUUCUCUAAAUAGAAUAUGAAUCUUUCAGUAAUCACAAAAAUAUACUCGCUGAUGAUUGACUCGUUUAAUAUCCUUUCCUAUACUGUACUUUUGAAUGGAAAAUCAGUUUUGAAUUACUUAAUGAAAACAUGUUCAUCAGCUUAGCAGUUUUUCUUUUGUCUUUAUUCGAAUUAAUUAUUGUUCCUGGUAAACUAGAGCUUAACACUGAGUCAUAUGUUAACACAUUUUUAGAUUGAUUUAGAUUCUUUUAAAUAUAAUUUUUCCUGCAAUUAUAUAAAAAUGUAGAUCAACUACCCUGUAAACAGUAAUCAGUGUAAAUCAUUGAAUUACAAAAUCCAUUUAUUAACACAUUGAACUGUUAGUUAUUAAACCUUUUUGCAUGGGACAUAGAUAUAGUUACAGAUAGUUACUCAUGGGACAAUCUUCCAGUAACAUUGUAAGUCAAUUCAUAUAUUCAAAAUAUAAUUGUAAUACAUCAUAACAGUACUUACAUUAACACUACUUGGACUUUGAUAAGUAUUUGUAUGGGGGGCUAGGACAUUCACAUUUUCUACUACUACUGAUGCUCACUUUGAUUAUCAGCAUCAAACACAUCAGUCGCUGUCUCGUUACUCGAAGAUAAAAGUCACUCUUGGGAUUUGAACAUGAGGCUCAUCAUCAUCUCUUCACACGACGGAUCUCUGUUCAAAAUUUCUAAUGUUCAAAUUGUAAAUAAAUUGUUCUUUUUAGAUAUAACAAAAUUUCAUUUUGUAAACAUUAAAUAAAUCAUCAUUGGCCAGUU